AAUCGCGCCCGACUUGAGCGGGGAGACAUUGCUUGCCCUUAUUCCCAAUCAUGGGCAGACCAGCGUCGAUGAUUGAAAUUCCCGAUGGACGGUAUCGUCCAGAACGCCGAACUGACCGUUAUACGCCUGAAUCCGACACCUCCGCUGAUUACCACCGCUACCGCGACCGGCGAAGUCCCUCUUACGAAAGCUACGAUGAGCGUCUACGAGGAACCGCUCGCGGACGCUACGGCUCAAGCUCGCCCGAGUAUUCAAGCCCUCGUAGAAGAAGCCCAAGCCCUAGGCCGAUGAAAAACAUGGAAACUCUGCCGAAAAAGUUUGGAAGGGGGCGCCCCUACCUCGAUCGCGGUGGCUCUCGUAAUUUAAGGAACUCGGAAUCGGAGUCCGAUGAGGAAUUGAUGGGGCUGAGCUUUGAAGAACGGAGGAGGCUGAAGAGGCAGAAGAUGAGGAAGAACAUCGCUAGGUAUUGUAUUUGGACUCUUACCCCAAGUCCACCCAGGGAUGAGAACGAAGAAGAUUUGGAAGGCCAAGCAGAUGAGAUUUCGGAGAGGUAUGGGGAAGACGAAGAGAAGAGUGACUUUAGCGAGAAAGAAAAAGGAAAAGCGCGUGAUGGGAAGGGUGUUUCAGAGUCUGAUUCUGGGAAAUCUCUGAGCAGCGAUUCCAGGAGCGUUUCUAAGUCUGAAUCUGAAUCAAAUGAUUCUCGGUCAAGGAAGAAGAGGGGUUCGGGUUCUAAGCGUAGGGGCAGGAAAACAUCUGUGGAUUCCGAUAGUGAAUCGGACGAGGAUGCGAGUGAGAGUGGGAGUGAAGCUGAAUCUGAUUCUGAAGAGGAUCGAAGACGCAGAAAGAAGUCACGGAAAAGCGGCAGCAGCAGGAGAAGGAAGAGCAGCAAGAGAAGUAGCAGAAAAGGGAAGAGUCAGAGGAAGAGGAAGAGUAGGUAUAGUGAUUCUGAUGACAUUGGGUGUGAAGGAUCCGAUUAUGAGUCUAAGAAACGGAUACGCAUUUCAGGUUCUAAACGUAGCAAGAAAAAGAGGUCUGAAACAGAGAGUGCAAGUUCAUACCCUGAUAAGAGUUCAGGUUCUGACAUAGAUGCAAAGGGGAAAUUGAAGGCAGAUGAGAUGAAGAUCCCUGAAAUUAAUACUGAGCCACUCAUAUUUAAAGAAAAGAUGGAAUCGCUGAAGAUACCUGCCUUGGAUAAUGAACCUACGGUUGGGCCAAUGCCCCUUCCCAGAGCUGAGGGGCAUAUAAGUUAUGGUGGUGCAUUAAGACCAGGUGAAGGUGAUGCAAUUGCACAAUAUGUGCAGCAAGGAAAGCGUAUUCCUCGUAGAGGUGAAGUGGGUCUUUCUGCUGAAGAGAUUCAAAAAUUUGAGUAUCUUGGGUAUGUGAUGAGUGGCAGUAGGCACCAGAGGAUGAAUGCUAUUCGUAUUAGGAAAGAAAAUCAGGUCUACAGUGCUGAGGACAAGCGAGCUUUGGCUAUGUUUAACUAUGAAGAGAAGGCAAAACGUGAGCACAAGGUCAUGGCUGAUUUACAGAGAUUGGUGCAGCGCCAUAUUGGGCAGGAUGUUGGUCCUACUCAUGAUCCUUUUGCAACAAAAGCUUCUGAUGGUGCUGAUGCUUAGUAGUGAGGUACCCUAUCUGGAGACAUGCUAAGCAAGUAACAACUGGGUACUUUGUAGACUCUGGAUUUAGAUUUUUGGGCAUGUCAAACGGUUGGCUGGAGAUUUCAAGAAUAAAAUUCUUAGGAUUUUGUUCAAGAAGGUGGUAGAAUGAAAAUGCUUCAUAGCAAUACAAAAGAAGAAGAAAAUGGAAACAUGCAGUAUAGGAGGUUUAUUGUCCUCAGUUUGCAUUCUCAAAUUCAUGUAAAUGCUAAACCUGGUUUGGCGACUGCUCAUGCAUGAUGAGCCUCAGUCUGCAACCGGAGAAAAACUCUUUUAUUGGAGCAGUGGACUUCUGUAAUAGUGUUGGUAGUUGCUGAUUUCUUGGGAGCUUUAUAUUAGUGGACCUGCAGUCCCAUUGCACAUGAGCCUGUGGCACCUUUUAUUGAUCAAUAGUCGUGUAUUAUAGUAACGUUGGAUUAAUAUGUGAUUGUAAGGUUGGAUUAUUAUGUGAUUUUAAGUUUAUUUAAAAUCUCACUGCUGCAGCUGCUGUAAGUUUCAGAUUAUAUAAGCAUGUCUUUAAGGAACUUAGGUCA